AUGGGGUACAGCGCCAAGCAGUUCCAGACGAUCACUACCAACUUCGUCUCGCACCUCCUCCAGUAUACUUCGCUUGGGUCCAUCCCCACCGAUGACGAAGUUCACCUAAGAGAUUGGAAGUGGUACCCGCAUCUCUCCUUAGAGGGUGUCUACCCAAACUAUACUAUAUAUGGAUCGAUGGUCGAGAUUCUUGAUAUCAUUACGGAAAAGCUUGAUACGUGCUACGAAUAUGUGUUUACGAAAGAUCGCUUUUUCGGCAUUGAAGUCAACGGCUCUUGGACCGGACUUAUGGGGCUACUAACAACACGUAAAGUGGACAUGUCUGGUGUCAUUUUCUCCGUCACAGAAGAUCGCAAUCGGGCGGUAGAUUUUAGCGUUCCCUUGUAUACUAGCGAACACGUCCUCUGCUACCGAAAGCCUACUUUCCAGUCUGAUAUCCUGGGUUUCAUGAAGCCUUAUACUUUAACGCUGUGGGCUAUUUUGCUGGUGUCAAUGGCCGUCAUCUGCGUGAGUCUUAUCCUCGCUCAGCAUAAACGCUUUGGUGCCGCAUCGGGCAAUAACAUGGGAACCGCAGGUGACGUCGGUACAGCUGUUAGCCGUAUAUGGUUUCUGAAUGAUGCUUAUCGUGAAACACCGUCUAUCGUUCGAACCUCAAGGCCAUUGCUACAUUCUCCCGCGUCUCGAUCUUCCUUCAACAGCUUGUCCGAACUCGUGGAAAUGCAUCCGGACAUUGUGGCCGCUGGAAUCGUUUCCAGGAACGACCCUCAACCGCUUUGCGAAGCAGAUGGACGCUCACGUAAACCGCAGUCUCGCCAUAACACGGGGUUUGAUGGGGAAACGGCGUCGCUUGUCAAAAAGGAUAUUUCGCUGAAUACUAUUGGUGCAUUGUACAAUGAGUGUGUCCUGUGGUUUUCCUGCGUGUAUCCUAGUAUGUCCUGCGUGUAUCCUAGUAUGUCCUGCGUGUAUCCUGAGGCCUUGUAA